GCCUAAACGUUUUUAAACCUCUGAUGUUGCCCCUUAUUCACUUGACGCUCCAUCUGCUGCUGGCUUUGCCGACUAUGCAAGCAAAAUCAAAUCAAAAGGGAGAGGAAGAGGCUAGUAGUACAGCGACUGUUGUGUUCCUCGUUAUUCUACUCAUUGUGAUCUGUUUUGCACUUGCACUGGCAUGGAGGAGACUUGUGCGCAUUGAAGGAGGAGAAGGAUACCAUCCACGUGAAUUAUGGCAUAGGGCACAGGCAACGAUGCAAGGAUUGGUGAGUCGAUGGAAUGGGGGUGAAGAGGAAGACAUGAAUAUUUCUGACAGACACAGUCAAGAUGAAGAAAAUCAAAAUGAAGAAAAUCAAGAUGAAGAAAAUCAAUACGAAGAAAAUCAAGAUGAUGAUGAUAAUGAUGAAGAAGAAAAUGGUGAAAGGUUUCAACUGCAUGAUGCAGAACCUAAUAUCACUGCAUUAUAAGUAUAGGGUGAUUAGCCAAAAAAUGAAUAAGGUCUUAAGGCUAAAGCAGAAAGCUAAGUUAGUGCACUUUUUGUAACAUAGCUCAUAAUUAAAAAAAGAGGAUACAUAUUUUAAGCUUUUCUUAAGAUGGGUUUUGUUUAUAUUAUGUUUCUCUUGCAGACCUAUGUAAUUGAUGUGUGACUUGUUAAAAGCUCAGAUUUGUAUGCUUUCUCAAAUAAAUAACUCCUCAGUCCAUUUUGUGCAGGAAACGUGAAAUAUGUUGUAUGUAAUGUCUGCAUGCCUCAUCUGUCAUGUCUUUUCUCUGCCCAUUGUUUCAAUAACUGUCAUACAUUUUUACACCACUACUAAAAUCAGUUACACUCAGAAAUCAGUUUAAAGAUCUGUAAUAUUCUCUGUUAUGCUUCACAGGUAGAAAUGAGCUUGGCCAACAGAUCUAUAUCCCUAGCAUACGCGCCAAGAAAACCCAAUGUCAGGGAAAUAGCAGGCA